UUUGCAAAGGCGUGGCGGGGAGAGUGUGAAUGUCAGCGUGGAAGGGAAUCAAAGCACUUGAAUCCAAGUAAAAAGAGGACCAAAGAGAAGGGGAGGUGGACAGCACCUUCUUCCGAGAGGCCUUGCGCCGCGAGCAUUACCGGAUGCGUGCCCUCGAGCACAGGUCCGGCUGGGCGUGGAGGCCCCUGGAGCUUUGCUGGUGGUAGCGCUCAGCGGAGCGGGUUUCUGAGAACAUGAUUUGUUCUUUUCUGCGAGCUGUACAGUAUACGGAGAAGCUGCACAGGUCCUCGAGGAAGCGCUUGUCUUUGCCACGCUUUGUACUUAGCAGAGCUUGCUUGAGGACGGAGCCCAGUUUGCGAUGGGGGCUGCACGAGCCGAAAACGGUGCGACCUGGCUGUGCCCUUGGAGUCACCCCGAGGACCAUCUGGACGCAGGGACGGGGUGCCCAGAGAGCAAAGGAGGACAGCAGCAAGCAGGUGUCCGUGCACAGUCAGAGAGGGGACACCGCCAUCUCAACGGCACAGAAAGUUAAAGAAGCUGGAAGAGAUUUUACCUAUUUAAUGGUGGUGCUUAUUGGAAUCGGCAUUACAGGUGGCCUGUUCUAUGUGAUUUUCAAGGAGCUUUUUUCUUCAUCCAGCCCUAAUAAGAUCUAUGGGAAAGCCUUAGAAAAGUGCAGGUCCCAUCCCGAGGUGAUAAGUGUCUUUGGGGAGCCCGUUAAAGGCUAUGGGGAGAUGACGAGACGUGGGCGCAGGCAGCACGUCAGUUUUAUUGAGUAUGUGAAAGAUGGGCUGAGACACAUGCGUGUGAAAUUCUACAUCCAGGGCUCCGAGCCCGGGAAGCAGGGGACGGUGCACCUGGAGGUGAAGGAGAACCCGGAAAGUGGUGAAUACGAAUUUCGAUACAUAUUUGUAGAACUGGAAGGCUACCCUAGAAGAACUAUUGUCAUUGAAGACAACCGGUCCUGAGCGGGUGCGCGGAUCGGCACGCGUGCCCGCUCCUGGUGCGUGUCCGUGGCGCGGACUCCCGGCCUGGUCUCCGUGGCUCUCCCGCGCGGUCGGUCUGAGCAGACGGGAAGUAUGUGUAGCUCGUCACAGUGAACCGACUGGGUGGUGGUUGCCUUCAGACACGCUGAAUUAGAGAUUCUCUUACAGAGUCAAAGAAUCAUGAACUAGAGCAUAUUUUAGGUAAUCAUGGGCAGUCUUUUGCUCUACUUAACAUGUUCCAUAAGAAGUUUUUG